AUGUUCUCUUCCAACUACGAGCGUGUGCAAACCCAUGACGACGACGACCAUGUAGUCGGCCAGAACUCACAGCCGAUACCUAACUCGCCUCCGCCCUCUUUCCGCUCUCGCAACUCUUCUCGUCGUAAUUCUGUCCAACACCAUGACGACGACGCCGACCGGGACAUCGAUGAUGCUUUCGCCGCUCCCUCCGACGACGAGUCAGACCACGACGCUCCUGAUGCCGACCGCCGGCGGCUUGUACAUUCCAACGACCGCGACUCUCCGGAACCCUCGGCACCCGCACAACCUCCUCGAUUAGGCCGUAGGGUUACCGAGAUUAAUAUGUUCCUCCCUGGCGGCAGUCGCUCGAACAACACCAGAACCAUCGGCGGUGGUAGCAGCGCCAACGACGGUGUCUUUGCCAACAUCUCCGCGAAGCCCACUCGUGGCGAAGAGCUUGACGAGAAGCCUCCGACAUACGAGCAAGCAGCCGCUGAUUCAGCACCGCCAUACUGGGAAACCUCUAUUCUGGCUCCUGGAGCCUUCAACAGCGAUGACAUCUUCGUUGAUGGCCUCGUAGUUGGCAGUCUGUUCUCCUUCGUCUGGAACGCUCUCAUCUCCAUGUCCUUUCAACUCAUCGGUUUCCUCCUCACAUAUCUCCUCCACACCACACAUGCUGCAAAGCACGGCUCCCGCGCUGGUCUUGGUAUCACAUUGAUUCAAUAUGGCUUCACCUUCCGAUCAGUACCCGCAGACCCCGUCACUGGUGUACCAGCCAACGAUCCAUCUGGCACCAUCCCUUCAGACCCCAACGCUCACGACUUCGACCCAUCAAAGGUUGCUGGAAAUGUCACUGGUGUGGAAGACGUUGACGGACUUCGUGCUCAAGACUGGAUUUCCUACGGUCUCAUGAUUGUUGGUUGGUUCAUCUUGAUCAGAUCUGUCAGUCAGUUCAUCCGCGCCAGGCGGCAGGAGAUGAUCAUUCGUGGCACCAACGAUAGAGGUCUCGGCACGGCUGUUGUUGCAAGCAACGAAUCGCCCGAGCAAGCCGUUUAA